AUGACGUUUGCGUCGUUCCUCAUAAACCUCUAUUCGCGCGUGCCACGGCUCAACUUCAAGUUCCACUGGUCCAAGGAUGUCUUCAAUUUGGACUGGGGCAGCGAAUACUUCCAGGUCAGUCAGAUGUGAUUUUCCAUGUCAAAUGUCGAUGAAAUGGAAUCGUCAUGAGAAAGUGGGCGCUCGGGCGGUCUCAACCCUCCUGCACACACUCACACACUAACAAAUACACAACAUUUCUUACUCAAUUAGAUGUGUAUCCAGUGGUUCGGAGGCAGACAACACUCAACAGACUAGAGGGGGGGGGGCUCAGCGAGUAAACAAGAAUGCCGUUUUGACAUUAACCAUCCAUCUUCCUCGGCCGGUUGGGUGACCCUUGAUAAAUCCGUGCAUCAUAUUUAUUAUGCACACCAGCCAGAUUUUGUUUAUAGAUUAGAAAGGGACUGCCUGCGUCUGGUGGCCACAAAUCGGGCCAGCAAGCAGACGGACAGAUCUUUCCGGGGUCGGAAGACUUCAAACGACCAUGUGUGCUCUGGUUUAUCGCCCGCUUCUAAAGCACAAGUGAGAUGAGCGCCCCUCGUUUUCCCACCACCACCACGAGCGCCAGCUUGCUUGAAAAGUUGAUAAUGGAAGUGCUCGAGGAGCCUUUGCGAUGAGCACCUCUCCUCCCCAUUGAGUGCCUUCCGCCCGUCCCAUUUCAGUCUCUUUUAUUAGCCUUGGCCUUGUGGAGAAAGACGGGAAAUGAGAUGAAAAGUUUUUGUGGAGCAAUGACACAGGGUGGGGAAGAAGAAAAAAUAACUCAAAAACAAGUUGAAAGGGGCGCCUGGGCUCACUGGUCGGGUUUCAAUUCUUAAAUCGAAUUGGUGGGUCAAUUUCGGAGAUUGAAAGCUGUGUCCGGUUCAAGCACUCUUCCUGAUGAUCGAGAAACACAGCUAGGGCAUGAGCAACGGAAAUAUAUACACUUCUUGGAAGUAAAUCCGGGGUGUCAGGAGACGCUCGAUUGACGUGUAUUCAUUCUGGCAGAUCAAUGUCACGUUAUUAAUCCGUAAAAGGUCAAUCUUGCCAGUCAUCAAGCGACGGUUCAUCCAAUUACAAUACACAUUUUUUUCCAGGCGCUGGCACUAGUGGCAUGUUUGGGAGCCGCCGUCAGUCUUCUCCUUCUUGUCACCAUCAUCAUUGUCUGGAUAUGUCAAGCGUGCCGAAAGAACGAAACGACCGGAAAAACCAGACGUCGUGUACGGAGACUGUCCACCGUCCUCUUUAUUAUUUCCGUCCUCUGCUUGUGAGUUUCACUUUGACCAGGGGCGUGGGAUAAUCGCAUUUGGAGAGGGGCAUUUGAUUUCAUUCAAUUUCAUUCAUCACAAUGGCAAAUGAGGAAAACUAUUUGCUUUUAUGCUCAUUAUACCCCUCUCUCAAGGUCUCCUCAGUCCCGUCUCGUUUCAAACAUACAAUAGAUUCAAUCACUAUGUGAGCAGCUUGUGACGGGAAGGAAGGAAAAGAAUAAUAAUGGCGCAUUAGGGGGAACCAAGCGCUUGUUUGUUUUUCAAAUGGCCAUGACUACGGAAAAAAUGAUUCUUUUUUGCAGCUUCAUGCUCGGCAUUUGCCUCUUCGCGAAUGAGCAUGUCAACAGAGGAAUGUCAAUUUCGAUUAACUCGAUUAUCAACACGAAAAAGUCUUAUCAGAUUUCGAUGGGACAGAUUUCCCAGUUCCAAGAGGCAGCACUCAACACAACUGUUGAUCUGAAGAACCUGGAAGACAUUGUUCACACUGAAAGCAAAAAAACCAAAAACGCAACGAUCGUACAGCAGAUUGACCAAAUCCUAACGAAUAUCACUGAUGGGAUUGAUAUUAUCGCAAAGAACGGAAAGUUGUUCCAAUCGAAACACGAUGAUGAUCUUGGAACUCUGGAUAGAAUUCGAAAGUUCUUGUCGUUGUAUGAGAGCGAGAGGUAAGAAGACACCUUUCAAUAAUUUUUAUGACAUUUUUAUGAUGGAUGAUCCCAUAUGGUGCUGCACGGAAAGAGCAGACACCACGGCAACUGCCGAGCAGUGUUGUAAUUUGAGGGAUCUGUGUCUUUGAGCUAUUGAAACGGAACCAAAUCUCCAAUUUUUUCAGAUGGGCAUUCCUGGUCAUUCUACUCUCAAUCACAAUGUGCGUCUUGUUCACUGGAGUUGUGGCAUUCUGCAAACAAUCCAAGAAAGGAGCUGUCGUCUUCAGUGCCAUUGGAUUUUUCAUUUUUGUGGUUGUCUGGAUUCUGAUAUCUGUUUCGCUGCCGGUCACAAUUGUAAGUUUACGCGCUAGAACAUCUCAUAAAAUGAUGGUCUUUUCAGGCGUUUGCCGAUUUCUGCCGUGACGGAGAUGAAGUGACGCGGAAAAACCUCGGCAACUUGUACGAGACUGUCCAGUUUUAUAACACUUGCGUUCCGGUUCCCACCCAUGACAACUUGCCGCUGUCAAUCGCUCGCCACGUGGCUCUUCUCAAUGACAUUCCUGCAAGCAAAUCGCAACUGGAUCGGCUGAUGGAAGUCGCUUUCAAUAGCAGCGCAACGGUAAUUUGGAAAUGAAAUGGCGGUGGCCAAUUACAAUUGUCCCGUUGGCUUUCAGAUAACUAAUUCAUCAUCUGCCGUCGGGGACGACAUCACAAAACUUUUGAAACUUGCCGGAGCGGUUUCCUCCUCGUCUUCGUGCUAUGUCUUCCAUGAUGAUGUGGUCAACUUUUACUAUGGAAUUUGUAAUCAGUCUGUGUAAGUUCAUUGAUUAUUUCAUUAUCUAUUUUUCCAUUAAUUUAUCGUUUUCAGAGCUGGAAUGAGCAUCUACUUGCUCAGCAUCUUGCUCCUCGGACUUUUGCUCUUCAUCUUACUCCUCGUUGUCUCAAAGACCUGGAACCUGUUCUCCCGACUGUGAGUUUGAGAAACUUGCACAAUAUCACUAGAAACAGUGUCUGAAAAGUUUCUCACCUGUCCCGUCCCUCUCACUUCUCACUUCACUUCGUUUCCCAAACAGAUCAAAACCGUCGUACCCGGUGCGUGUUCGACCGUUCCGGUACGAGUCAGCCACCAGCAACGACUGUGUGCUUCCCGUCGGAAGGGCACAGUCGCCAGCGGUGGUUUUCAAAACACAUCACCAACCCGAUCACCCCACAACUUCAGUUUUGUUAAAUAAACGAGUCUCGUUUCGGUAUGUAAGGUUGUCGUGACAAAAUCCUUCCCCGAAAUUGGAUUCCACUCAGUUUUUGUACCUGUUUCUACGGAAAGUUUUCAGUUUUCUAAGUUUUGCACGUUUUGUUGAGACUGAUGAAAAGAAUGAGAAUGCGCGAAAUGCUCUGCAACGUGUGACACUUUCUUCAGGGGUAAUAUUUGGUUCUUUUCAGACCUCACGAGUACGUUGAAGUUGACGAAGACGAUCCAUUCUUCCCGCGCGGUGUGAAUGACUCGACAAUCCCAGUGGAUAUUUACGGGACUCACGUCUACAACCCAAGAACAAGGUGAGCAAUGUGCAUCAGAGCCUCGAAAUUUCUUUAUUCUAUUCUAUCGGUCUGAACUCACUUUCUCUUUUCUUUCCUCCGCACAACACCCAUUAUCUGCUUAUUUUUCAACAGAGAUCGAACCGAACCGUCAACGAACACAACGUCUGGAACCGCCGACGAACCAAUUGCUCCGCUGUGGAGCCAGAAUGUGUCCGCUCCUCUGGUGACCAACAGGUAACGUAACCCCCUAAUCUCAUCUCUUUGCACGCCUUCUUUCGCUUCUUCUGCAUUAAACGUGCUCUUUUGAAAAUAACUAUUUUAUAUUAGUAAAUGUCGUCUGCUUUCAGCAUGAAUCGCCAACCGUUCAUGUCGGACCAUCCCUACAGCCACUAUGAGGGUCAAUACAAUUAA